AUGGCGGCCUACUCGCCACAAGAGGUCAGCUUUUCACCAACGACUCCCCCCAACCCCCAGUACAGGAUCUUUGGCACCAGGGGAAAUAGACCCCUUGGUACCCUCAUGCACCUGUUCUUGACUCUCCACCCCCACUCUCUGAAGAUCCCCAGCAACUUUGCUACCACCACCAUCAUGGAGCCUCACUCCCGGGGUCAGCAGAGUAGAGAAGAGAAAGUGGAGAAGAUGCCCCUCCACACGGAAGACAUCCGCCCUGAAAUGAAAGAAGAUAUACACGACCCCAGCUACCAAGAUGAGGAGGGGCCCCCGCCCAAGCUGGAGUACGUCUGGAGAAACAUCUUCCUCAUGGCCCUGCUGCACUUGGGGGCCCUGUAUGGGAUCACACUGGUUCCCUCCAGCAAGGUCUACACCUGGCUCUUCGGACUACUCUACAAUAUAGUUGCCGCUUUGGGCAUCACCGCGGGGGCUCAUCGCCUGUGGAGCCACCGAACCUACAAAGCACGGCUGCCCAUGCGUCUCUUCCUCAUCGUGGCCAACACCAUGGCUUUCCAGAAUGACGUGUAUGAAUGGGCCCGAGAUCACCGGGUCCACCACAAGUUCUCAGAAACACACGCUGACCCUCAUGAUUCCCGACGCGGCUUUUUCUUCUCUCACGUGGGCUGGCUGCUUGUGCGCAAACACCCGGCUGUCAAAGAGAAGGGCAGAAAACUGGACAUGUCUGACUUAAAAGCUGAUAAACUGGUCAUGUUCCAGAGGAGGUACUACAAGCCAGCUGUCGUGCUCAUCUGCAUCGUCCUGCCCACACUGGUGCCCUGGUACUUCUGGGGUGAAACGUUUCAACACAGCUUAUGCAUUGCUACUUUCCUCCGGUAUGCUAUAAUUCUCAAUUUCACCUGGCUGGUGAACAGCGCUGCCCACCUCUAUGGAUAUCGGCCAUAUGACAGGAAUAUUGGCGCCCGAGAGAAUGUCCUGGUCUCAGUGGCAUCUUUGGGUGAGGGCUUCCACAACUACCACCACACCUUUCCCUAUGACUACUCUGCCAGUGAGUACCGCUGGCACAUCAGCUUCACCACGUUCUUCAUCGACUGCAUGGCUGCCCUGGGCCUGGCUUAUGACAGGAAGAGAGUGUCUAAGGCUGCUGUCUUGGCCAAGAUUAAAAGAACUGGAGACGGGAGCCACAAGAGUGACUGA